UUACCUAAACAUGGUUUUGGUGUGAAUGCAGCAUUAGACGUGGUAGCGGUGGCUAAUAUAUGCAGCAAGGCGCUUCAGUGGUUUUUACCCAUGCUUACAUGCCGGCUUGUCGCGUUUUCGCGAAGCCGGUUGACGACAACGUUUUGUCGAUCAACUGUAUACGUGGACAACUUGAGAAUAGCUACGAUGACAACGUGCUACAAGACUUGACAUACCACGACAACUUGCAGCGAAGAACGCUUAUUUUCGAGAGCCCUGAAAGAAAAUCCGAUUUGAAUUGUUUCUCGCUGUUUAAACUAACGUCGAAAGGGUUUUCAGAAAGGUUUUAUCACUCCUUCUUUGCUAUUUACAUCUAAAAAAAACACGGUCUCUUCGCAAGGAAACUUAUAAUAACCACCCACGAUUAAAGUCUGAUAUUUUAUUAAUAUGAUACGUGAAAAUUCAAGUUAUACGGUCCAGCAAGGAUUUGGAGACUUGAAGUAUAAAUUGGCCUUUCUCUGUUUGCUAUUGUAGAAAUAAAGUGUUUUUUUUUUCUCGGUCAUUCCUUCCUAGCCGUAGUUCUCAUGUUCUUCGUAUCUAUGGUAUUUUCAAUAAACAACGCAAUUUUUUUAUCAAGAACAAAAAAAAAUGCCAAUUUUCUUUUCUCACCAACAUUUCUAUCCAAGACGACGAGUGUCGAAUCGUUAAACUGCCCGUAAAAAAAUCUCCACACUUGCCAAAUUGCUUAAAGAUUGUGAAAAAAAUAAAACUUAUUCUAUCUUAGCCAUCGUAUACGACACGAGUCUAAAAUAUGGCCCUUAAUUUUUGUGCUGAGUUUGUUCCUUUAAAAAGCCAAUGGGUAUAGACCGCUGGCCCUUCCAUCGGUUGAUUCUGCAGGUGUUUUAUCCGGUUAAUUGCUCCUCCAUGUUUAUUUAUAUCAAAGAAGAUUUCACAUUUCAAACAGACUACUAAUGGACAAAACCUACCGAUUUAUCUUUAUCUCGAUUCUUACUCUAACAAACAAUAUUAUUAUAGUACAAGUAAAAAAUGUAAAAGUGUUCUUACUUGUGUUUAUUUUUUAUUUGUUUACACGUUUGCGUUUCAUGAUAAAUAACUUUGUAAAAAAAUAUGUAUUAGGAUCUCAAAACUCUAAAGGGAAUUCCCGUUUUGUAACAUCAAAUAAAGUGAAUUUGAAAACAAUUGUGUGCUUUUUUCAUUUGGUUCGCCUCUUAACGCAAAACAUUUCCUGUUUCAAUUUCCGCUUAUUAAUGUUCAAAGUUAAAGAAGAUUUUUUCCCUUAGUAUUUAAUAUCCACUUAAUUAGCAAAAUCCUUUCUAUAUUUAUUUACCCUGUUAUAGUUAAUGAACAAAUUCACUGAAGACUGCGAACAAAUACAAAUACAAGGGUUCUCAAAUAACCAAAUGACUAAGCUAAGAGAUUUUCGAGAAGUCACUUGUGCCUUCAUUAUUAAUUGAUGAAACCUUUUCUCCCCACGAAGCUACUAACAUCCUGAAUAGCUCUUUCAUUGGUUAGGUGAGCGAAAUUCGUUAUUGCAGCAAGACUUUUUGCAUCAAUUUAGAUGGGAGUCAUGACAACACAUCUUCAACUUUCUUAUUUACCAUCCAUCGCCAGAGAUAUCCACCAAGCGAACGUGGGGGUUUGCAACACGAAGCGAACGUAAGGAAUUGCUACGCGAAGCGAGUGUAAGGAUUUACGGCAGGAAGCGAAUAAGAAAUUACACCAAACAUCAAAUCUUAUUUACUUAGUCUGGCAACCGCGUGGAUCUGUUAACAAGAGCCAAUUUGGUCUGAGACAUUUUCCUUUUUUAAUUGCUGGCGGCAACGCAGAAGAAUAUCAUUUCGUGAUCCUCUCCUGCGGCUGUUUGAGUCAGAAGUUGUUCUUCGCAAGGUGAUUGUUUGUGGCAUUCGACCGAAGACAAACAAUCGAUUUACAGAAGAAAGCAGACAUUUUAAGCAGGAAUUUACCAAAGAAGUGAAACGAAGGAAUGAAAUUUCUUUUUUGGUCUAUUUAGAAUUCUGUUACUCCCAUGGCGAAAAUGUGAAGAAAGUACUGGGAAAUUCUAUUCAGAUUUUGACAUGGACUUGCUUGAUUACUUAACUAACACUCAUUUGUUAAGGGCUUGAGAUUAUACGUCUUUGGUAAUUAAGAAACUUCUUUGGCUGCAUUUAUAUUUCCCUGCCAAACAGUCUUUCAAGGAAAGCUUAAACAUCUUACACAGCGAAGCAAGUAAAUUUCUAUUUUAGCUUUUUCAAUCAUAUAACCCGUCUUCCAUCACGUGAUAACCCUGAUUGACACGUUAUUUUACCUGCCGAAUCACAUAAUUAGGACCUUUUGCACAUAGAACACGUGAUAAUCUUGAUUGGCACGUGUUGUGAACGUGCUUCCGCAAGAUGGCUACAUCAGUUGAAGUAGGCUGCAUUCGACGUGUUCCUGUCACAGCGCAAAGUUCAGUAUCGGAUACCGAGGACGACCAGGUUGUCCCACCUGACGAGCUGAAUGGCAGCAGUGAUGGCGAGUACGACACCGACCUCGAGGAGGAGUUCAAGCGAGAGCCUUCUCAAGACGACACGAGUCAGGGGAGAGGGGUGUACCUCAAGGCUUGCUCCAGCCUGGGUCUGGUCCCCUGCUCUCCUUUUCUUCGUCAGUUGCAUAAGCCUGAGAUGAACCUGAUGCAUUAUAACCUCGGUCCUCGUGGCGCAGAAGCGGUGGCGGUAGCGCUGAUGCAAAACACCAAAGUGCUAACACUGAACAUCUCUAAUAAUGAUAUCCAGGAAGAAGGCGCCAUCUACAUCUCCAAGAUGCUGACAGAGAAUUUCUACAUUACAGAACUGGACAUCUCUAAUAACAACCUUCAAUCACAAGGGGCUUAUGCCGUCUCUGAGAUGCUGCGACAGAACUCGGAGAUACUAGAGGUCAACUUAUCAGAGAACAAGUUCAUAGAGAAAGACGUGGAGCCGAUAGUGGAAGCCAUGAAAGAUAACUACACCUUGAAGUCUUUGAAUCUCAGCCGUAACGCUUUCUGUGAGAUCGGUGGUCAGUUGCUUGGACCUGCCCUAGACGCGAAUGUUGGUCUAGAGUACUUGAAUUUACGGUGGAAUCAGAUCCGCCGCAAAGGUGCGGUGGCCAUCGGAUACGGACUUAGGCAUAAUUGCUCACUGAAGUCCCUCGACCUCUCAUGGAAUGGGUUCGCUGAUGACGGCGCGAAGUCGGUUGGGGAGGCGCUCGCCUUGAAUACCACCCUCACAGAGCUUGACAUCUCCAGCAAUAGGAUAUCCGGUGAAGGAGCGUCGUCAAUAGCUGCUGGGCUGGCCAAGAACGAGACGCUACAGAUCUUACGGAUAGGUAUAAACCCCUUUCUCAGUCAAGGAGCGCAAGACAUUCUCUCCGCUGUACAUCAGAAUCCGAACAGCGCUAUUGAGGAACUUGGUUUUGAUGACAUCCCAGUGAAUUCGGAGUUCGAGGACUUCCUAGAGGAAGUGAUGGAUGCGAGGCCGAACCUGAGUGUGCAAUGCGGCGCUGCCAUGAGAGGCAAGGACAGGGUGAAGAAGAUCAAGCAGAGAGUGGAUGUGCUAAACUUACUCCUUGAGUACAUCGAGUUGCGCGGUCUUCGUAUGGUGGACUUCUUCCGUCAACUAGACAAAGACAACAGUAAGAAGAUCACUCGGGCCGAGUUCAUGGCGGGCGUCAAAAAGACAGGUAUCCCGAUGACACGGAGGCAGCUCAAGAAGCUUGUUAACAUACUGGACGUGGAUAACGAUGGCAAUAUUGACUACAGUGAGAUCGUAGCCAUCAAGAGCGAUGAUGUGUUCGACGUUUAUCACAAAAAGAACGCGAAGAAAGAUGACCCAGCCAUCAUAGCUCUCAAAGAGAAAAAGAUGAAGCAGAAAAAGGGACUAAAGUAGCCUAUAUUAGAAGUAUUAUGAUGAUUCAUCUUGAGUUCGCACCUAGGUGUAAAAGUGAACGCUAAAGAAAAAGCUAAAGGUACCUGACGUACCUUAUUACACUUAAUUUUCGCGACGUCAAAAUUUCGCGAUUUUGAAAGGGCGAUAUUUCGCGACACUUUAUUUUCGCGAUCUCGCUAUUUUCGUAAAAAUCAAGUCACUUGAUUUUCGCGAUUUUAGUUCCACAAAAACCUAUAAAUACAGUUCAGAAUUGUCCUGUACUAUAUGUACAUUAGAGGACUAAAUGUUGACAUUAAUGUCAACAUUUAAGUUAAAGUUGACAGUAAGUUAAAUGUUGACAAAUGAAGACAAGGUGUUUCUAUAAAGCUUAUUACACAGUUAAUAUUUUGCCGAAAGCUUUUGUGUACUCACUUAACUUUCGCGCAUCCCAAUUUUCGCGACACAUUAUUUUCGCGUCACUUUAUUUUCGCGACACAUUAUUUUCGCGAUUUUGAAAAAUUCGCGAAAAUAAAGUGUAAUAAGGUAAUAACAAACGCCAGAUAAAUAGCAUUUACACCCUCAAACGUUUGUGACUUUGUGUGAUACUUGACCUUAAUAGUUUGUAAAGCAGUUAUAAUGAUUAUUUUGAUUUAAUAUACAUAUUAAAAGAUAACAAAACCAUCGUGAUAAUGUGCUCUAUGUGAUUAAACAAUUGUUUCGCUCUGUGUACGACGAAGCCAUCUUGGUGCCCUUUCGCUAUGUGUACGACGAAACCAUCGUGAUGUCCUUUUUAGCUUCAAGUCACUCGACUCAGAGAAGACUAACGAAUAAAGAACCAGACAAACGAAUAACGAACCA